CAUUGUCCUCCUAAGUUGGAGGAAGUAUCACAAGCAAUUGUUAGAAAGUGUCAAGGUUUGCCACUUGCAAUUGCAGCUAUAGGUGGUCUCUUGUCCACCAAAAACAAGGGUAUAUCCGAAUGGCAAAAAUUCUAUGGUAGCAUGAACUCUGAGUUGGAAAGGAAUCCUGAUCUUAAAAGCAUUAGCAAAAUUUUGUUGUUCAGUAAUAAUGAUCUGCCUUACCACCUCAAAUCUUGUUUCUUGUACUUUGGCAUAAUGCCAGAAGACUACUUUAUCAAAGCUGGGAGACUAGUUCGGUUAUGGAUAGCUGAGGGUUUUGUUGAAGAGCAGAACGGAAAAACAUUGGAAGAAGUUGCAGAAGAAUACUUGACUGAGCUGAUCCAUAGACGCUUAGUUCAAAUUUUAGCAACAAAAUUUGAUGGAAGAGUUCAAGAGUGUCGGGUACAUGAUGUAGUGCGUGAGAUUAUUCUCUCAAUGUCCAAGGAGUUUAGUUUGUGUCAAAUUUUGGAAAAAGAGAAUUCAAGUUUCAAUGCCACAACUCGCCGGCUAUCUAUGCAUAUCCGUUACUGCAACAUGGAUAAGGUCAUGAAAAGCAUUAGUAAAUCCCCAGUUCGUUCUGUUUUCCUUUUUCAAGAGGGAGAGCUGCCAAAGAAGCCCUUAUUGGGUACAAUAGCUGCACAUUUCAAGCUUUUGAAAGUGCUUGAUCUUAAGGAUGCUCCUUUGGAUCAACUUGAUGAAGAAGUGGGAAAUCUAUUGCUUUUGAGAUACCUAAGCAUAAGGAGCACAAAAUUGAAGAUAAUUCCAAAGUCCAUAGGCAAGUUGCAAAACUUACAGGCUUUGGAUCUGAAACAUUCCCGCGUGAGUGAGGUCCCAUUUGAUAUCAGUAGGAUCUAUUUCCAAUUUUACCCAAGUUUUACUUCGGGUGGUGGUGGUGUUGGCGCUCCUGGUGGUGGUGGUGGUCAUUUCUCUACAGAUUUCCAAUUUUACCCAAGUUUUACAUCGGGUGGUGGUGGUGUUGGCGCUCCUCAUGGUGGUGGUAGUGGUGGAGGUGUAACUUCUAUAUUGUCCAGUUCUAUGGUCAAGUGA